CCCUCCUCCAGGUGGCGAUGGUGGAGGUGCAGCUGGACGCUGACCACGACUACCCGCCGGGGCUGCUCAUUGCCUUCAGCGCCUGCACCACAGUGCUGGUGGCCGUGCACCUGUUUGCACUCAUGAUCAGCACCUGCAUCCUGCCCAACAUCGAGGCGGUGAGCAAUGUGCACAACCUCAACUCGGUCAAGGAAUCACCCCAUGAGCGCAUGCAUCGCCACAUCGAGCUGGCCUGGGCCUUCUCCACUGUCAUCGGCACACUGCUCUUCCUGGCUGAGGUGGUGCUGCUCUGCUGGGUCAAGUUCUUGCCCCUCAAGAAGCAACCAGGCCAGCCGCGGCCCACUAGCAAGCCCCCGGCCGGUGGCGCAGCUGCCAAUGUCAGCAGCAGCAGCACCAGCGGCAUCACCCCAGGCCAGGCAGCUGCCAUCGCCUCCACCACUAUCAUGGUCCCCUUUGGCCUGGUCUUCAUCGUCUUUGCCGUCCACUUCUACCGCUCGCUGGUCAGCCAUAAGACAGACCGACAGUUCCAGGAGCUCAACGAGCUGGCCGAGUUCGCCCGCUUGCAGGACCAGCUGGACCAUAGAGGGGACCACCCCUUGACGCCCGGCAGCCACUAUGCCUAAGCCCUCGCGGGUCUGGGCCCUUCAGAGCUUUGGCCUUACACCCUUUCCCAUGACCUUGUCCUGCCCCAACCUCAAGGACCGCCUGUGCAGGGGGAUCAGCUUCACUCUGGGGGCAGAGAGUGGAGGAAAGAGGCUUUUUGUAAAAGAAAUUAUUGCACUUUGAAACUUUCCUCUAAGAGAAUAAGCACUUCCUGUUCUUCCAGCUCCAGAUCCACCUCCUGUUAGGAGGCCAUGGGGGCCAGAGUAGGGACAGAUGCUGCCUUUGUCCCUCCUCCUCCCCCAUGCCAGUGCCACCUGGAUGCUUCCUGUCCUUUCUGUCUUGACUUCCCCGUUCAGUGGAGAGAGUGUGUGUGUGUCUGUGUGUGUGUGUGUGAACACAUAAAUAUACUCAUAAGGGACACUUU